AUGGCAACGAAAACUAUUAAUGAUGUUUCAAUCAACCAGAAGCUCAAGACUCUUGUUAGUCAAUAUGAAGAAAUUCACCCAUUGUCUAAACAAGCCCAUGAAAAGGCUAAAAAGUUACUUCCGGCCGGAAGUACGCGCUCUGUUCUCGUCUCUGAGCCCUUUCCAUUGGUGAUUAAGUCAGGACAGGGUGCUACAGUCACAACAGUCGACGACUUGACAUUCGAAGAUUUUGUAUCAGACUUUUCGGCGGGCAUAUAUGGGCACUCACACCCAGUUAUCAACAACGCAGUUCAAAAAGCUUUGGCCACCGGAUUCAGCCUUGGUGGUAUCACUGAAAAGGAAGCGGAAUUGGCACGAAUAUUGACUACCCGGAUUCCAUCAUUGGAGAAGGUCCGAUUCUGUAACUCUGGUACGGAGGCAAAUACAUUUGCUCUAGCAACUGCUUUGGCGCAUACAAAGCGGAAGAAAAUCCUCGUCUUCGAAAACGGGUACCAUGGUGGAACUAUAAACUUCGGCAUGAAAGACAAUCCGAUGAACCUUCCUCAUGAAUUCAUAAUCGGAGAAUACAACAACAUUUCCGCUACAAAGCCUUUGAUAAAGGAUCUCGCGGCAAUCCUAGUGGAGCCUCUUCAAGGUGCCGGGGGUAUGCAUCCCGCAACUCCAGAAUUUCUCGCUUUCCUCCGCCAAGCAGCUAGUGAAACGGGCGCUGUGUUGAUUUUCGAUGAGGUUGUCACAUCUCGUCUGCAUUAUCAUGGACUCCAGGGUUACUGGAAUAUCAUACCUGACAUGACAACUGUUGGCAAGUAUCUUGGUGGUGGAUUUCCAUUUGGUGCGUUUGGAGGUUCGGCUGCAAUCAUGGACAGGUUUGAUUCGACGGACAAGUCAAUCGCGCUUCAGCAUUCAGGAACUUUCAAUAAUAAUACAUUUACAAUGACUGCUGCCGUUGCUGCCGCAAACUUAAUCACUGCAGAUGAGCUGAAGCGUUUGAAUGCAUUGGGUGAUAGGUUUCGCGAGCAGGCGGCGCUCCUUAUUCAAAAAGCCGCUUUCCAUAAGUUGAGGUUUACUGGGUUUGGGAGUGCGAUCGGGGUACAUUUCUCUGGGGGAAAUUCGGAAGACUUGAUGAAUUCCUUUUAUUUCUCGUUGAUUGCGAAUGGGAUCAUCAUUGGGCGAAGAGGAUUUAUGUCUUUGAAUUUGAUGCACAACGAGGCCUCGAUUGAUCGAUUGCUUGGAGCUGUGGAUAGCUUUCUGCGUUUUAUUGCUGAAUGA